AUGGCCACCUCAUCCACCACGCAAAUCCAACCCCCGGACCUCGAGACCAUCGAGGCCGCCAAGCGCAAAGCCGCCUUCCAAGCCGUCUCCGACCACUUCACCAGCAACAUGACCUUCAUCGGCAUCGGGUCCGGCAGCACCAUCGUCUACGGCGUCGAAGCCAUCAAAGCCCACCUCGCACAAAACCCGCCCCAAGCGGGACACAUGAACUGGUUCAUCCCGACGGGCUGGAAUAGCAAAAAAGUCAUCGAAGCCGCUGGGCUCAUCCCGUUGGCCUUUGACUCCUUGCCCGCGGAUGCAAUGAUGGAUGUCUGUUUCGACGGCGCGGAUGAGGUGGAUGACGAGUUGAACUGUAUCAAGGGCGGCGGAGCGUGUCUGUUCCAGGAGAAAUUAGUCGCGUGCCGGAGUAGGAAGUUCGUCUGCAUCGCCGACUACCGCAAAGCGCAGCGCAGACUGCUGACGCAAUGGCCGAGUAUCCCCAUCGAAGUGGCGCCGAUAGCGUACAAGAGUGUGAUGGAGGCGUUGAAGGCGAUGGGGUCCAUGUCCCCGCAGCUACGGGAGCAUAGUCUGAGCAAGACGGGGCCGAUCCAGACGGAUCAGAGUUUCUAUAUUAUUGAUGCGCCGUUUAAGCAGCUGCUUACCCGGACGGAUGUGGAGAAGGGACAGGAUGGAGGGGGGAAGGAUGGGGUGUGGGAUGUUGAUACGUUGGCGAAGCGGAUCAAGGAGAUCAAUGGGGUGUUGGAGGUGGGAUUGUUUCAUGGACAGAAUGGGGAUGAGGUGGCGUCGACGGAGGUGAAGGGGAAGGAUACCAAGGGCGAAUGCUUUGCACAGCGACAGAAUUACGAAGGAAGGCAGGCAUGGACAUAUCAGGGUAGAGACUUUGAACGGGAGAACGAGAGAGGUGGGAAGAAGGCAGCAUGA